AUGCAUAGAGAAAACGUCACCUUUGCGGCAUCAUCGAUGGAGAUCAUCCAAGGUCUUAAUCAACCAUCGCAAUGGCCGGCGUUUCUGAGGCAUAUCGCAGGUCUGAUUAUGUUGACAAGAGAACAAAUAGGCUGGGACAUUAGCUUUGAAGACAGGAGAUGCAACAUGGGAGCUUUCGAAAUAGCCAAAUGUGUCACAUCGGAUGAUCGGCUAUCAUCGUAUGUAGAGACUGGAGCGCCCUCUUGGAUGUGGGAUUUCUUCCAUAUGGAGAGAGCUAAUUUGAAUGGAGGUGUGUGA